CGGGGUCCGGCAGGAGAUUCGGCUGGGUGUGUUAAUUGGGCACACUCCACUUUUUGAAGGUUUUGUCCAGUUAGCAGUCACCAUGGUUGCCCUGUCGUUGAAAAUCUGCAUCCGGCAAUGCAAUGUGGUGAAGACUAUGCAGUUUGAACCAUCAACUGCAGUCUAUGAUGCCUGCCGGAUCAUACGGGAGAGGGUCCCUGAGGCUCAGACAGGUCAAGCACUAGAUUUUGGCCUGUUCUUAUCAGAUGAAGACCCAAGGAAAGGAAUCUGGCUGGAGGCUGGCAGGACCCUGGAUUACUAUAUGCUGAGGAAUGGGGAUGUUCUGGAAUAUAAGAAGAAACAACGACCACAGAAAAUUAGAAUGCUGGAUGGAGCCGCAAAAAUGAUUAUGGUAGAUGACUCAAAAACUGUAGGGGAACUUCUAGUGACCAUAUGCAGCAGGAUAGGAAUUACAAACUAUGAGGAAUAUUCUCUAAUCCGUGAGACUGAGGAGAAGAAAGAAGAACCAACAGGAACUCUAAAGAAGGACAGAACUCUCCUCAGAGAUGAGAAGAAAAUGGAGAAACUUAAAGCUAAGCUCCAUACAGAAGAUGAGUUAAAUUGGCUGGAUCAUAGUCGCACAUUUCGGGAGCAGGGAGUUGAUGAAAACGAAACAUUACUUCUCCGCAGGAAGUUCUUCUAUUCAGAUCAGAAUGUAGAUUCCAGAGAUCCAGUGCAACUGAACCUACUUUACGUUCAGGCUCGUGAUGACAUUCUGAAUGGCUCUCACCCUGUGUCUUUUGACAAGGCCUGUGAGUUUGGGGGAAUCCAAACACAGAUUCAAUUUGGACCUCAUGUGGAAGCCAAACAUAAACCUGGAUUUUUAGACCUGAAAGAGUUCCUUCCUAAGGAGUAUAUCAAACAAAGAGGAGCAGAGAAGAAACUAUUCCAGGAACAUAAAAAUUGUGGAGAAAUGACUGAAAUAGAAGCUAAAGUGAAAUAUGUGAAACUGGCUCGAUCUUUACGGACAUAUGGAGUGUCUUUUUUUCUAGUGAAGGAGAAAAUGAAGGGCAAGAAUAAGCUUGUGCCACGACUUCUUGGAAUCACCAAAGAUUCAGUAAUGAGAGUCGAUGAGAAAACAAAGGAUGUAAUUCAAGAGUGGCCACUCACAACUGUUAAACGCUGGGCUGCCUCUCCAAAAAGCUUUACUUUGGACUUUGGUGAGUAUCAGGAGAGCUAUUAUUCUGUGCAGACCACUGAAGGGGAACAGAUAUCACAGCUCAUUGCAGGGUACAUUGAUAUCAUCCUCAAGAAGAAACAAAGUAAGGACCGAUUUGGACUGGAGGGAGAUGAAGAGUCUACAAUGUUAGAAGAAUCUGUUUCUCCAAAAAAAUCAACAAUUCUUCAGCAGCAGCAAGUUACCCGUCCCGGAAAGCUUGAACAUGGCACAGUUGCACUACCUGCUAUUAUACGCUCAGGAUCCAGUGGCCCAGAGACUUUUAAUAUGGGUACUAUGCCAUCUGCACAGCAGCAACUUACUACAGGCCAGAUGCACAGAGGUCACAUGCCACCCCUGACUUCAGCUCAGCAGGCUCUGAUGGGAACCAUUAAUACCAGCAUGCAUGCAGUUCAACAAGCACAUGAUGAUCUGAGCCAGGUGGACAAUCUGCCACCGCUGGGACAUGACAUGGCUUCCAGGGUCUGGAUUCAAAACAAAGUGGACGAGUCGAAACAUGAAAUUCACUCCCAGGUGGAUGCCAUUACUGCGGGAACAGCAUCUGUAGUGAACCUGACUGCAGGGGAUCCGGCUGAGACUGAUUAUACAGCAGUAGGCUGUGCCAUCACCACAAUUUCUUCUAAUUUGACGGAGAUGUCCAAAGGCGUAAAAUUGCUGGCUGCUCUUAUGGAGGAUGAGGUCGGAAGUGGGGAAAAGUUGCUUGGAGCUGCAAGAACACUAGCUGGGGCUGUUUCUGAUCUGCUUACUGCUGUACAGCCAUCUUCAGGAGAGCCCCGUCAGACUGUUCUUACGGCAGCUGGCAGUAUUGGACAAGCAAGCGGAGACCUUCUACGACAGAUUGGCGAAAAUGAAGCAGAUGAGAGGUUCCAGGAUGUGUUAAUGAGCCUGGCGAAAGCCGUAGCCAAUGCAGCUGCCAUGCUAGUCCUAAAGGCCAAGAAUGUAGCACAGGUGACUGAAGAUACCGUACAGCAAAACAGAGUGAUUGCUGCUGCUACUCAGUGUGCCCUCUCUACUUCCCAGCUGGUGGCCUGUGCUAAGGUGGUUAGUCCAACUAUUAGCUCACCAGUGUGUCAGGAGCAGCUGAUUGAGGCUGGAAAGUUGGUGGACCGAUCAGUAGAUAACUGUGUACGUGCAUGUCAGUCAGCCACUGAAGAUCUUGAACUACUGAAGCAGGUCAGUGCAGCUGCCAGUGUGGUCAGCCAAGCGCUUAAUGAUCUUCUGCAACAUGUCCGCCAGUAUGCUAGUCGCGGGGAACCCAUUGGACGUUAUGACCAGGCUACAGACACAAUAAUGUCAGUCACAGAAAGCAUCUUCAGCUCUAUGGGUGAUGCAGGAGAAAUGGUGCGUCAAGCUCGAGUGUUGGCCCAAGCUACAUCUGAUCUUGUGAAUGCAAUGAGGUCAGAUGCAGAAGCUGAGCUAGAUAUGGAUAAUUCCAAGAAACUACUUGCAGCUGCCAAGCUGCUGGCUGAUUCCACAGCUCGUAUGGUGGAGGCUGCAAAGGGAGCUGCGGCAAAUCCUGAAAAUGAAGAUCAGCAACAGCGACUUAGAGAAGCAGCAGAGGGACUAAGAGUGGCUACUAAUGCAGCAGCCCAAAAUGCCAUUAAGAAGAAGAUUGUGAACAGGCUUGAGGCUGCUGCUAAACAGGCUGCAGCUGCUGCUACCCAGACCAUAGCAGCCUCGCAGAAUGCUUCGGUCUCCAAUAAAAAUGUAGCAGCCCAUCAACAACUGGUUCAAAGCUGCAAGAUUGUUGCUGACCACAUUCCUCAGUUGGUCCAAGGAGUGCGGGGAAGCCAGGCACAAGCUGAGGAUCUGAGCGCUCAGCUAGCUCUUAUUGUGUCCAGCCAGAACUUCCUACAGCCUGGGAGUAAGAUGGUAGCUUCUGCCAAGGCUGCAGUGCCUACAGUGGCCGAUCAGGCAGCAGCCAUGCAGUUAGGUCAGUGUGCGAAAAAUCUUGCUACCAGCUUGGCUGAGCUACGUACCGCAGCACAGAAGGCUCACGAAGCAUGCGGACCUAUGGAAAUCGAUUCAGCUUUGAAUGCUGUUCAGACUCUAAAGAAUGAGUUGCAGGAUGCUAAGAUGGCAGCUACAGAUAGCCAGUUGAAACCUCUUCCAGGGGAAACGUUGGAGAAGUGUGCCCAAGACCUUGGUAGCACAUCAAAGACCGUUGGUUCAUCCAUGGCUCAGUUGUUGACGUGUGCUGCUCAGGGAAAUGAACAUUACACAGGUGUUGCUGCAAGAGAGACUGCGUUGGCUUUGAAAACUUUGGCACAAGCAGCUAGAGGAGUUGCAGCUUCCACUAGUGACCCACAAGCUGCCAGUGACAUGUUAGACUCAGCGAGAGAUGUGAUGGACGGGUCAGCUAAUCUCAUUCAGGAAGCGAAACAAGCACUUGUGGCUCCAGGGGAUGCAGAGAUCCAACAGAGACUUGCCCAGGUGGCCAAGGCAGUAUCUCACUCGCUGAAUAACUGUGUGAAUUGCCUUCCUGGGCAAAAGGAUGUAGACAUGGCCUUAAAGAGCAUUGGAGAGUCCAGCAAAAAGCUUUUGGUGGAUUCGCUUCCUCCAAGUACCAAGUCUUUCCAGGAGGCACAGAGUGAACUAAAUCAGGCAGCUGAGGACCUUAACCAGUCUGCUGGAGAGGUGGUCCAUGCUUCCCGUGGCCAGAGCGGGGAGCUGGCAGUCGCUUCUGGAAAAUUCAGUGAAGAUUUUGAUGAGUUCCUCGAUGCUGGUCUUGAAAUGGCUGGACAGACACAGAAUAAAGAUGACCAGGUACAAGUUAUAGGGAAUCUGAAGACAAUCUCAAUGGCAUCUAGCAAACUGCUUCUUGCAGCAAAAUCUCUUUCUGUGGAUUCUGGGGCUCCAAGUGCCAAAAAUCUUCUAGCAGCAGCUGCAAGGGCCGUGACAGAGAGCAUAAACCAACUGAUCACCAUAUGUACUCAGCAGGCUCCAGGACAGAAGGAAUGCGACAAUGCUCUGCGUGAGCUGGAAACGGUAAAGGGGAUGCUGGAGAACCCCAAUGAGCCAGUCAGUGAUCUAUCCUACUUUGACUGCAUAGAGAGUGUGAUGGAGAACUCUAAGGUACUUGGAGAAUCCAUGGCGGGAAUCUCUCAGAAUGCCAAAACGGGAGACUUGCCAGCAUUUGGGGAGUGCGUGAGUGUAGCAUCUAAGGCAUUGUGUGGUCUUACAGAGGCUGGAGCCCAGGCGGCCUACCUGGUAGGUAUUUCGGAUCCCAAUAGCCAGGCUGGUCAGCAGGGGCUUGUUGAUCCUAUUCAGUUUGCCAGAGCCAAUCAAGCCAUCCAAAUGGCAUGCCAGAAUCUAGUUGAUCCUGCCAGCAGUCCAUCUCAGGUUCUGUCAGCUGCCACAAUAGUUGCCAAACACACAUCCGCACUGUGCAAUGCCUGCCGAAUUGCAUCUUCCAAAACAGCCAAUCCCGUGGCAAAGAGGCACUUUGUCCAGUCGGCCAAAGAGGUGGCGAACAGUACUGCCAAUUUAGUGAAAACCAUCAAGACCUUAGACGGAGAUUUUUCAGAUGAAAAUCGUCAGAAAUGCUGCACAGCCACUGCUCCUCUCAUUUCAGCUGUGGAGAACUUGACUGCUUUUGCAUCCAACCCUGAAUUUGCCAGUAUUGCUGCACAAAUCAGUGCAGAGGGGUCCAAUGCUCAGGAACCCAUCUUAGUAUCUGCUGUCACUAUGCUGGAGAGCUCAUCAUCACUUAUAAAGACAGCGCGUUCUUUAGCUAUCAAUCCUAAGGAUCCACCAACAUGGUCAAGCCUGGCUGGUCACUCGCGUGUUGUGUCUGACUCAAUCAAGAGCUUGAUAACAUCCAUCAGGGACAAAGCACCAGGACAGAGGGAAUGUGACCAGUCCAUUGAUAGCAUCAACCGAUGUAUUCGUGAUAUUGAACAGGCAUCUCUUGCUAGUGUCAGUCAGAACCUGGCUAUGAGAGAUGAUAUAUCACUAGAGGCUCUCCAAGAUCAACUUACAUCUGUAGUUCAAGAGAUUGGUCACCUUAUUGAUCCAACUACCACAGCUGCACGAGGAGAAGCUGCUCAGCUCGGGCACAAGGUCACUCAACUUGCCCGCUACUUUGAACCUCUGAUACAAGCUGCUGUUGGUCUGGUUUCCAAAAUUCUUGACCAUCAGCAGCAGAUGACUGUGCUGGAUCAAACCAAGACACUGGCAGAGUCUGCAUUACAGAUGCUCUAUGCUGCUAAGGAAGGUGGAGGUAAUCCAAAGGCAUCGCACACGCAUGAUGCAAUUGCAGAGGCAGCCCUGCUAAUGAAAGAGGCAGUGGAUGACCUCAUGAUUACCUUGAAUGAGGCUGCCAGUGAAGUAGGCAUGGUCGGAGGCAUGAUAGAUUCCAUUGCAGAUGCCAUGAGCAAGUUGGAUGAGGGCACGCCACCAGAACCCACAGGAACAUUUGUGGACUACCAGACCACAGGUGUCAAAUACUCCAAAGCUAUUGCAGUAACCGCACAAGAGAUGAUGACCAAAUCUGUCACAAACCCAGAAGAGCUUGGUGGUCUUGCAUCACAAGUAACCAGUGACUAUGGAAAUCUUGCUGUCCAAGGUCGCAUGGCAGCAGCCACAGCUGAGCCCAAAGAGGUUAGUAACCAAAUUAAAACAAGGAUCCAGGAUUUAGGACAUGGCUGUAUAUUUUUGGUGCAGAAAGCUGGAGCAUUACAGAUUUGUCCAACUGACAGUUACACUAAACGGGAAUUAAUUGAAUGUGCCCGGGCUGUGACAGAAAAGGUUUCCCUGGUUCUAACUGCUUUUCAAGCAGGUAACAAGGGGACACAGGCCUGCAUUACUGCAGCCAGUUCAGUAUCUGGUAUAAUUGCUGAUCUGGAUACCACCAUCAUGUUUGCCACUGCUGGCACACUCAACUCAGAAAACAAGGAAUCCUUUGCUGACCACAGGGAAAACAUCCUUAAGACAGCCAAAGCUCUUGUAGAAGACACCAAGCUACUGGUUUCAGGUGCUGCAUCUAGUCAGGACAAGCUGGCACAGGCUGCCCAGUCAUCUGCUAACACUAUUACACAACUGGCAGAGGUGGUGAAGUUGGGUGCAGCCAGCCUAGGAUCUGAUGAUCCUGAAACCCAGGUGGUGCUAAUCAAUGCAAUAAAGGAUGUUGCCAAGGCUCUAGGAGAUCUAAUAGGAGCCACAAAAGGUGCAGCAGGGAAGCCAGCAGAUGAUCCAUCCAUGUACCAGCUAAAAAGUGCAGCUAAGGUCAUGGUGACAAAUGUUACAUCCCUGUUAAAGACUGUGAAAGCUGUGGAAGAUGAAGCCACACGUGGUACUAGGGCUUUGGAGGGUACAAUUGAGCACAUCAAGCAGGAGCUGACUGUCUUCCAAUCCAAGCAAGUUCCUGAAAAGACAACUUCUCCAGAGGAAUCAAUCCGGAUGACCAAGGGAAUCACCAUGGCAACAGCAAAAGCCGUGGCAGCUGGAAAUUCAUGCCGGCAAGAAGAUGUCAUUGCUACUGCCAACCUGAGUCGAAAAGCCGUCUCCGAUAUGUUGACAUCCUGCAAGCAAGCAGUUUACCACCCAGAUAUUAGUGAAGAGACAAGGCAACGGGCUCUGAAAUAUGGAACCGAAUGUACCCAGGGAUAUCUGGAGAUGCUAGAGCAUGUGUUGACUGUUUUACAGAAACCCAGCGCAGAGGCGAAGCUUAAGUUGUCUGGCUAUUCAAAGCGUAUUGCAUCUGCUGUAACAGAACUUAUCCAGACCACAGAAACUAUGAAAGGCACAGAAUGGGUGGAUCCUGAAGAUCCCACAGUGAUCGCUGAAACAGAGCUGCUUGGAGCUGCAGCUUCCAUAGAGGCAGCUGCCAAAAAACUGGAACAGCUUAGACCACGAGCCAAGCCAAGACAGGCAGAUGAAACACUGGACUUCGAGGAACAGAUCCUGGAAGCAGCAAAGUCAAUUGCAGCCGCUACGAGCGCGCUAGUGAAAUCUGCUUCAGCGGCUCAGAGAGAGUUGGUGGCACAAGGCAAGGUUGGAGCAAUUGCCGCUAAUGCAGCUGAUGAUGGCCAGUGGUCCCAGGGACUCAUAUCCGCUGCCAGGAUGGUGGCUGCAGCAACCAGCAACUUGUGUGAAUCGGCCAACGCCUCAGUGCAGGGCCACGCCAGUGAGGAGAAACUCAUCUCCUCUGCCAAGCAAGUAGCAGCAUCUACUGCCCAACUUCUGGUCGCCUGCAAGGUGAAAGCUGACCAAGACUCGGAAGCCAUGAGAAGACUUCAGGCCGCUGGGAAUGCUGUGAAACGAGCCUCUGAUAACCUGGUCAGAGCCGCUCAGAAAGCUGCGUUCAGCAAAGCUGAGGAUGAUGAUGUUGUGGUGAAGACAAAGUUUGUGGGUGGAAUUGCACAGAUUAUAGCAGCUCAAGAGGAAAUGCUAAAGAAGGAGAGAGAGCUAGAAGAAGCCCGGAAGAAGCUGGCCCAGAUCCGCCAACAACAAUAUAAAUUCCUACCAUCCGCCCUGAGAGAGGAGGAGAGCUAGUGAAAGCACCAGACCUGAGACAUGGAAACAAUCCACUCUGCAGCAGGCAGGGACAGAACCACAGCUGGAAUCCACCCUCUAAGUCGCCCACUGGAAUCCAAAGCCACUAAACAAUAGAGGGGAGGAGUGUGGGUUGCCCACUCCAAAGACAAAGCAGUAUUAUCUCCCAAGGUGGACAUACCCAAAUAUAUAAAUAAAGUAUAUAUAUAUGUAAAGAUAUAUACAGCUGCA